CAUAGCUGACUCACAUGUUAAAUGUUGUAUUUUGUCCCAGGUGAAGAUGCAUGGAGAAGCACUGGGCUUUACCUGCCUCCUGGAAAAACAGCAGCACUUGUUUUUCCAGAGUCUGCGGUUGGGAAACAUCUGCAGGUAACAAUCCAAAAUGUCUACAAAUGCAUGCUUCUUAUACUCAUGGUUUGUUUUUUUAAAUCAAAAUUUUCAACUAAGUUGUUGUAUUUCUUAAAUAGACUGAUACCAACAUUAUUAGGCAUCUGAGGGAAACUCUGAGCUGUUCUGAAAAACAUGAGCCAGUGUUAUCUGCAAAUGUUUCCUUGUGAUUGACUGAAAGUUGUUAAAGUAUGAGCAGAGUAUAAAAUGUCUCAAAGUAGAGUUGCUAGAGCAUGGUCUAGUUUAGGAAAACCUAAAAAAACACACAUACUUCUUGGCUAUAAUAAAAACCUAUAAAGAGAUGAAGUAUGUAUUUUAUCGAUGUCCCUAAUUCAUAUGUGGAUCUGGCAAUUCUACAAUUCCAUUAUCUACCAAGAGUAUGCAGUAUCUUAAAAUAGGUCACUCAUACAAUGGAAAUAAUUUGAUGAGACUACUCCUUUUAGAAUUCUGAAGUUCAACAGCUGUCAAUAAUUACCUUGCAGAGGAAGAAUAAAAGGGGUAAAUUGUCUGCUUGUUUGAUCAAGUAUCAUAUUUAUAAGCAUUUUUUUCAAACAAGUACCAGUAAUAACCCAUUGUGUAGGCCAUCUACACCUAAUAUCUACAUGUAUCUAUUAAAUGUAUCCACAUGGCUUCUGGAAUUGCAAUUAAACUUGUCCUGGUGUACCCUUUGGUCUGUUUAAGGGUGCCAUGCAGAAUACAGGUGCAAGUACAGCUACCUUGGGGUCCCAGUGGCAAGUUUACCUCCAUUUUAUAAGAAAUGUCAGAAUUCAUGUCAUGGACUCCUUUCAUUGGUAGCUAUGUAGGGUAAUGUUAAACACAAAUCAUUCAGCUUAAUACAGACUUGUAAUAAUCAUAUGAAUGUGUAUCACAGGUUCAAGUUGGCUGUCAGUCAGAUGACCUAUCACCUCAAGAGUCAUUGUGUCGAGCCCCAGUUGUCGUAAACAAAACCUCUGUCCCUGGUGAGAAGGUGUUAAUAUCCUAUGUUUGGGGUGGACUCAUAUACAUCAUUGUGCCGAAAAACAGCCACUUAGGAACCAUCUCAGUUACGAUUUAUGGGGCAGAACCAGCACCGAUCUACAUAAAAGGUAGGUUGUUUUUUAGUAUUUUAAAGUAAUUUUCCCCCUACUUAUAACCUUUCCGAUAUGUCAUCCCGUCAGUUCUACAAUACAAAAUAAUAAAAUGAAAUAAAUUGUUUAACAUGGUUGGUGUUUAGGUUAUAUAAACCUUAAAGAAGUUGUCAGAUAUAGUCUACCUAAAUACAGGUUCUUGCCCCUCCAAUUACAAGUCACUGGGUACCUGGAUAUUGUAUGACUAUACCUAUUUGAAAAAUAUAUAGAACAGACCACUUUCAGUGUUUAGACCAAACAUUGCUUAAUGAUGUAGACCACCAAGGUAUGACAUAUACUGGCAUAUUGUUUCUUUAAGUGUCAUGAUAUACUUAUGGGAGCAUGCAAUGGGUAAUCCAUAGGCUUCUUCUAUGUCACAAGCUAGAUAUGCCAAAAGGGAGAAAUAUUUGGCAAAUGUGCUUGUGUAUAUAUAUAUAUGUGUGUGUGUGUGUGUGUGUGUGUGUAUAUAUAUAUAGAUAUAUAUGUAUUAACUACCACCUCCUACACCCCCAAAUAGAAUUUUGACCUUCACAUAAAGACAAAUAAUAAUAGUAGGCAUAAUUUAGCAACAUUUUUCUCUAUAUGGUGGUUAGUUUAGAACACUUACGCUAAACAUUCUAGAUAUUAACCACUAAAUUACAUUUAAUGAUAUACAGUCAGGUCCAUAAAUAUUGGGACAUCAACACAAUUCUAAUCUUUUGGGCUCUGUACACCAUCACAAUGGGUUUGAAAUGAAACAAACAAGAUGUGCUUUAACUGCAGACUUUCAGCUUUAAUUUGAGGAUAUUUACAUCAAAAUCAGGUGAACGGUGUAGGAAUUACAACAAUUUGUAUAUGUGCCCCCACUUUUUAAGGGACCAAAAGUAAUGGGACAGAUUAACAGUCAUAAAUCAAACUUUCACUUAUUAAUACAUGGUUGCAAAUCCUUUGCAGUCAAUUACAGCCUGAAGUCUGGAAUGCAUAGACAUCACCAGACACUGGGUUUCAUCCCUGGUGAUGCUCUGCCAGGCCUCUACUGCAACUGUCUUCAGUUCCUUCUUGUUCUUGGGACAUUUUCCCUUCAGUUUUGUCUUCAUCAAGUGAAAUGCAUGCUCAAUCAGAUUCAGGUCAGGUGAUUGACUUGACCAUUGCAUAACAUUCCACUUCUUUCCCUUAAAAAACUCUUUGGUUGCUUUGGGUCAUUGUCCAUCUGCACUAUGAAGCGCACUGGUUCUCUUGUAUUUAUUGAUGAUGUGAGUGCUGACAAGAGCAGCAGGAUGAAUUCUGAAGUGUUUCGGGCAAUAAUAUCUGCUCAUAUUCAGCCAAGUGCUUCAAAACUCAUUGGACGGUGCUUCACAGUGCAGAUGGACAAUGACCCUGACUGUAAUAUAGAGUCUGCCAUAAGCAUAGGAAUCCUCAAUAUAACUGGGUCAAAAACAGCUUUUAAAAAAUCUGGUCCUUCUUUUGUACACACAACCUGAUUCCACCUCUUGAAAACAUAUAACUAAACAAUUAUUCAUGAAAAUCUAAACUGGAACAAUUAGUUUUUUCAAAAGAUAAAAAAAAUGCUGAAUAUAUUAGUAUAUAUAUUACUUCAUACAUUCUACUCUAAUUCCAUUGUCACAAAUCAUCUUAGUACCCUCGAGUGUGUAUGUAUGUGUGUAUAUGCAUAUACUUAUGCGUAGGUAGAGGGUAUUGUGUAUGGUAAUACCAAAAGGGGAACACCUUACUGUUCCCCCCAUCACUUUACUUCCUGAAAUAACCAACCCAAAAACUUACUUGGUGAAAAUAGGUCACAGCUUUAUUAUAUAUUAUAUAUAUAUUUUUUCAACAUCAACUUUAUAACAUAGUAACAUAAUAUAACUCUCUCAGCAAAAUUAAACGUAGCUGAGAAACCACAUUUCCAACCAAACACAAUCACUUGGGCAACUGCCCUCCCCCUUUUGUCCCAACCAGCACCAAAGCCUUUCUUGGACCUUCCAUUAUCGUAAUGCUAACCACUAGUCGAUCAUUGGCUCAGUGGGCACGUCUGUUAUCCAUACCUGUACCCGAGGUUAAGGGAGGGAUCAUCCCGACCAUACAUCUUUCCACAGACCGCUGGUCCAAUCCCUGGUUGGCAAGAGCCAUGUAAGCUGUUAUCAAUCUGGGUAAUUAAGAUGGCUGCUUGGCCUGCAAAAUGCCCUCCAGUUUAUACUGGAAACACCCCUUUGCCCUAAAUCUACACCCACCAUUCUAAGACCUCCUUAAUAUUUCUUACUAUACACUCCCCUCACUCUCACAUGUCCCAGUUCUGUCGACUCCUUGCCUGACUCCUCAGGGUCUUAUAUAUAAUUAUAUAUAUGUGUCACCACUAGGGGUACAGCACCUUCAUAUGUAAGGGGCCCAAGCUAUGCACAAUACAGUUACUUGCUUCUUUUUCUGGAUCUGAUCUUGUCAUUCUCAGCUACCCUUUGUGGCAUCUCCCAUCUGUCCCCCUAUGAAUCCAACUUGUUAAUGUUUUAUCAAAUAGGGCAGCAAAGGGGAAAUUCUAGCUGCCAUAAUUUUUCCAUAGAUCUUAUAUUUAACCCCUUAAGGACCAAACUUCUGGAAUAAAAGGAAAUCAUGACAUGUCACACAUGUCAUGUGUCCUUAAGGGGUUAAAAGCAAAAUCGGCUGCAGAUCGCUGUGCUGCUUGGGGGAUUUCCCUGGUUUUGGCAGUGCGACAAUGUGCGCUGCCAACAUCUCCUUUGGAUUUUUCCCCGUAGACACACAUGAGUUAAAAAGCAAUAACAAGUUAGAUUUUAAACUCUUAAGAUGCUGUUCAUAAUAUAAAGCUCUGAACCCAUCUGGUCGGGUGAUUUUCCCUGUGGCAUAGUUUUAAUAGCUCUUCUUCUGUUAUAGGCUUAAGCUUAAGCCUAACUUUUAUCAAUACUAGGAAUUUGGAUAUUAGAAAGAUAAUUAGAAGAUAAUUAGAAAUUUCCUUAGGGAGUCCGGCGCUGGAUAAAGCUAAGUAGCUGAAGGUGUUUUAACCUCUUCAGCACCUAGGGAGGGGUACACUGAGGGUGGGGGGUUCCUAAGGAGUUUGUUUUCCUUACACUAUAGUGAUCCUUUAAUUUAUUUGCUAAGAGACGACUAGUUUUGUUUUCAUUUGUAUAGAAUUGUCACUUUAGGUGUCUUAUAUAAUAUUCUUUUUUUCAGAUCUUGUUGAUCUAUGUUUUUAUUGAUUGUAUUUUUAAUAUUAGGCUUUCAAAAAUGUAUAAUUUUAUGUGCUCUUUCAAGUUCUACUAAUUUAACUUUAACCCCUUAAGGAGCAAACUUCUGGAAUAAAAGGGAAUCAUGACAUGUCACACAUGUCGUGUCCUCAAGGGGUUAAAUCUAUCAGCUCAUUCUGUUUUUGUUUAGCUACAUAUGGCGCAUGAGAUCUGAAUUUACCUCUAAUUACUGCAUUGUGAGUUUAGCACAUGCACUCCAAAUUUAUAUCAGGAGUAUCAUUCAUAGUAAAAUAUUCAUUCAAUGCAGAAUCUAUAAAAUCUUUAGUCUCUGACCAUUGAAGUAUUCUACAAUUCAUAUUCCAAUUUACAAAGUGUCUUAAUGUCAAUGAUAAUUUUAGCAAAAUUGGGCUCUGGUCAGACCAUGUUAUUGGUCCUAUUGUUAUACUUUUCAAAUUAUAAAGAUAGAGUCGAUUAACAAACAAAUAAUCUUUGUGGUGGUAAAUAAACAUUCACUAUUAUUAAAUCUCCUCCAUUAAUAGUAUAUUAAACAAUAUUAAAGUGAGCAGAAGGGUCUUCAAAAUUAGAUAAAAUCUGAGAAUGUAUAUUUUUUUUAAGAUCAUUGUUGUGCUACAUUUUUGGACCUAUUUAAUGAGUGAAAAUGUUUAAUUUUUAAAAUAAGGGCCUUCUCCUUUUUGCAAAUUGGGAGACUUCAUAUUCCUCUGCUGUUGCCAGUAGUAGUCUACGUUUAUGCGGAGCGUUAAGUCUGCGCGCAUUAAUAGAUAAUAUAUUUAAAGUCAUUAAUUAUGUAUUAUCUCUAUUUGGGUUUCUUACAUCAUAAAAAGUUAUAAUUAAUGUUGUGUCUUUCUGCAUUACCUCCCUAAGAUUGCAUCGUACCAUCGUUCUUAAUUUAUAUACUCUUACACCAAUAUUAUAGUUAUUGCCAAAAACUAUUAAUUCAUAGCAGGAUACAAAACAGAAAGAAAAGAAGAAAUACAUAUAAAAAAAUAAACUAUAAGCAGACAAAAAAAAUUAAAAUAUGUACAUCUGUAUUUGUGGUUAUCGCAUCUGACCAUUUCAUUAUGGGUCCUAGAUUCCCACUGUUGGACUCUUUGGUAAUACCAUCUGUUUCCUUGAGGCAAUUAGGUAAAACAUAAUAUAAUCUUCCCCUAUAAAUUAAAUCUGUCUUAUUUUGUUUUAGCCAGCCUACUAUUAUUAUUAUUAUUAUUAUAUAUUCUUCUAAUCUAUUGCCAGCUAGUUAUAUUCUCUGGGUUCAUUAUAUGUAGACAAAGCUAACUCCCAUUCAAGGGAGGAAAGCAUCACAUUGCUAGAAUAACCCUUAAAUUAACAUAAACAUAAAGGGGAAAGGAUCCAUAUAUUUCUCCUUUUUUCUUCUUUUUCCUUCCCUCUCCCUUUAACUUUUUUCUUUUCCUUUUUGUUUUUUCCAUCUUUUUCUUCCCCCCUUUUUUCUUCAGUUUUCCCUUCCCUUUCCCUUUUAUUUUUCCUCUUUUUUUUCCUUUUCCUUUUCUUUUUAUCCUAUGCUUCCCCCUUCCCCCUUCCCCCUUCCCUUUUUUUCUCUUCAUUCCUUUCCUCUACCCUUUAUUAUCUUCCCUUUUUUUUAUUCUUUAUCUUUCCCUUCCUUUUGCUUUUCCCCUUAUCUUCUUUGUUCUCUUUGUUUUUUAUAUUCUUUUUUCGCCUUUUCCCUCUCCCCAUCAAUAAAAAUAAAAAAAAAAUCAAUUUAUUUUAUCUGCAUAGCUGAAAAAAACAUCUAAUCACAGCAGGUCACAUUGGAUCUUUGGUGUAAUUAAUUAAAAGGACAGCAUACACUGUAUUUAACAUUACUCAUUAAUUCCUUACAGGGACAACAAUUAUACAACAUGUUUGAAAACAGAAUAAUAAUAAUAAAAUAUUCAGUUUACUCCAUCUGUUUUUUUUAAUUUUAUUUAGGGAAGACCAGUGUCUCAUCCUGGGUGGAAAACCUCCGUACUCUUCCAGCUCCAUGGGCAGAGCUAGUUACAGAGAACAUCAUACUGACUGUGCCCUCAAGUGCAAUUCACUCCCUAGAUGACCCGGAAGAGUUACUGACUCUGUGGGACACAGUCAUGGAGGCAGUUGCUGAGCUAGCAGCAAUUCCAAAGAAAUUUCCAAGGCCGGAGAGGAUUGUUACAGACGUACAAAUUUCAGCUGGUUUGUAGAGCUAAUUGAGAAAUUUCGUGCUAUCCCUAAAAUAAACCUCAAAUAAGAAACAUUAAAAAAAUUCUACUAUGCAAUAACAGCUAAUGUUGAGAUUAUUUUUAAGUACUUCUGACAUAUUAAACUAUACUGUUCAUGAUGACUGCACAACCAUAAUGUAUGUCAAUAUAAUUAAUUCACGAACCCCACAGUAUUUCCUCCACUCUUCAUGUACUCAGAAAUAAGUUUAAUUUUUUUUUUUACUUUAAUAUAGUUACACUAUUAUGAUAAACAGAGAACAAAAUCUGCAUUGUAAAUUUAAAUUGGACAAUAAUAUUAAUUAAAAAUAUACACCAACAUACUAAAAUAUUCCCAACCUCUGAUUUUGAUUACUGGUACUAAAUUAUUAAAACUGCAAAAACAUAUUAAAAAAAUAUUAAUAUUUUUUGAAAUUCCAGAUUUAUUUUGCAUUUAGUACUUCCAUACUUCCCUUUGUCUUUGGAUUUACAAGCAUAUUGGACUAAGGCCUCAUAUUUCACAAUUUGAAAAUUUAAUUUAAAAUGAAAUUAAAUAUUCUCAUAUCAACUUUCAGAGUCUCCAUGAAACUUACAGCACAGUGUGCUUACUUUAGAAGUUAUUGUCUCCUGAUCUGGCAAUUGGACUUUAAUCACACACACAAGGCUAAUGAUAGAGCAUGAGAGAACAAAUUCUAGGUUAAACACACUGGAAGUGAAUAACUCCUAAUGGCAGAUAACUAAGCAGUAAUACAGGGGUAUUUCUUCACACCAAAACCACUCCAUUAAGCUAAAGCUGUUUUUAGGCAUAGAGGGUCCCUUUAAAACAAGAUCUUUGUCAUUGGAAUGUUUGACAGAUUCAUCUCUCUCUUCUUUUUUUUAGGUUGGAUGCAUGCUGGAUACCCAAUUAUGUGUCACUUUGCAUCAACACCAGCUCUGGUAGACAUUCAGCAUAUAAAGAAAAUUGGUUUUUGGGGACCCAUACAUGAGCUUGGUCACAAUCAACAGAAAAGUUAUUGGGAGUUCCCCUCACAUACCACAGAGGCCACUUGCAACUUAUGGAGUGUGUAUGUUCAUGAAAACGUUUUGAAAAUUCCACGUAACAUAGCUCAUGAAUCAUUACAGCCAGAAACCAGGAAGAGUGCAAUUGAAACAUAUUUAAAAAGUAAAGCCAAACUAGAGAAUUGGAGUGUAUGGACAGCGUUAGAGACUUAUUUACAGGUAAUAGAAAGACGCAUGAACAAGUAAUUUUAAUUAAUUUGGCUAAAUUUCAAUAUAUUAUUGGCCAUAAUAUAGAAACAAAACAAAAAGAAAGAGAAAUUGUCAACAUUUUGAUUGUGAUAGUUCUGUUUUACCACACAGUAUUUAUAUGUGUAUACCAUCAUGUGAAAAAGAAAAUACACCCUCAUUUAAUUAAAUGGUUAUAAAUAACAGGACAUAAUAACAAUCUUCUGGUCCUUAUAAGAUCUUAAAAUUAGGUAAAUACAACCUAAGAUGAACAACAACACAUGUUACAAUGUGUCAUAAUGUAUUUAACAAAAAUAAAGCCAAAACGGAGAAGUCAUGUAUGAAAAAUUAACACAGCCUUACUGCUUCCAAAAUAAUUAAGAGACAGGUGCUGCUAAUAUUAUUCCAUUGAAUAAGUGAUCAUCAUGAUCACCUCUAUAAUCACUUAUUCAAUGGAGCAUUCAGGUGUGUGUUAACACAAUUCCUAGGAGGAAAGACAUUGUAAGCAAUGUUCUUAAAGAAGCAAGUGUUGCUGCCCAUCAAACUGUUAAAUAUUGUAAGGUCAUUUCCAAAGAAUUUAAAGUCCACCAAUCUACAAUGAGAAAGAUUAUUCGAAAGUGGAAAAAAAUUAACACAAUUGCCAAUCUUUUAACGAGUGGACGUCCCAGUAAAUUCACCUUAAGGUCAGACCAUGCAAUGCUCAGAGAAAUUGCAAACACCAAAGAGUUACCCUCUCAGACUCUACAGGCCUCAGUUAGAUUUAUAAAUUUUAAAGUUCAUGACAGCACAAUUAGUAAAAGACUGAACAAGUAUGGUUUGUUUAGAAGGGGAUGCCAGCAAAAAGCCUCUUCUCUCUAAAACGAACAUAGCAGCACGGUUUAGGUUUGCAAAGUUGCAUCUGAACAUAUCACAAGAGUUCUGGAACAAUAUCCUUCAGGCAGAUGAGACCAAAGUGAAGAUGUUUGGCCGUAAUGCAUAGCUCCACGUUUGGCAAAAACCAUACACAGCAUAUCAGCAUAAACACCUCAUACCAACUGUCAAGCAUGGUGGUGGAGGGAUGAUGAUUUGGGCUUAUUUUGCAGCCACUGGACCUGGGAAACUUGCAGUCAUUGAGUAAACCAAGAACUCUGUUGUGUACCAAAGUAUUCAAGAAUCCAAUGUGAGGUCAAUGGUUCGACAUGUAAAAGCUUGCCCAAAUUGGGUCAUGCAGCUGAACAAUCUACAAAUGGCAGGAAAUCUGUAACAAAAUGACUGAAAAAGAAAAGAAUCAAUGUGUCGCAAUGCCCUAGUCAAAGUCAGGACCCAAUUGCAAUGCUGUGGUGGGACCUUAAGAGAACUGUGUAUUAAUAAAUGCAAGCAAACCUCAAUUAACUCAGGCAACAAGAGUGGGCCAAAAUUCCACCACAAUGAUGUGAGAGACUGAUAAAGUCAUGUAGAAAAUUAUUACUUCAAGUCAUGCUAAAGUUGGUUAUAGCGGAGCUCCAAUAAACUGUCAAGUAUCUCUGCUAAAGUAUCCCUCUAGCUGGAAGAAAGGUCUCUCAAGUCUUUAUAGCCCAUCUCCCCAAGCACUAGAUGACACUUAGUGUACAGGAGAAUAACAGGUUUAUAUAGGCACAACAUCAAGAACAAUGGGUUACCAUUCUGGAGUCUCUGAGUUGGAAGAUAAAUUAAUUAUUGAAUGUUAAUUGUAUUAAGUCCUCAGGCUCCAGGGCACCAGAAUAAUAAAAUAAUAUAAAAACAUAGUAUGAAAAGAGAAAGUGCACUGUGCAAUAGAGGCACUAAUGUAACAAAUUUAACACCAGUAGAUAAUAUAGCAACAUGUGUUGAUACCUUAAACUAAACACACAGUUUUAUAAAAAUAGAUUGAACCCAGUGCAAUUUAUCCACGAAAAGUGAACCGAGUGGAGCACUAUAAGAUAUACAUAAGAUACACUUACCAUCCUAACUAAAAAGAGGGAUGUAUUAUUAUCACAAUAAAAGAAGGGCUGUGCUCCCUUAAAGGCACACACACCAUUAUACUGAGAGCCUAGUACAAUUGGCUCUAAGAAAGGUGAGCAGCCACUUGCACUUGCACUUUAUAUUUAUGGUAUCAACCUAGAAGCAUUUGAUUCCUUUCUUGUCUUUUCUUUUUCCCUUUUUUGAGAGUCUUUGAGCCAAGAGUAAGACGAGGUUCUGGUAUUACCCGUUAUACCCGUGCCAACAAGAUUUUAGCCUAUCCUUGUAGGGAUCUGUACCAAGUGAGUGCAGUUUAUAUGUAGAUAUACACCACUUUAAAGUCUUGAAAUACUAAACCAUAUUUUGCUAUUUUUCCUUUUUAAGGUAUAUUGUGAUAAUAAUACAACCCUCUUUGUAUUUAGGAGGGUAAGUGUGGAUAGAAAUAUCUUUUAGUGCUCCACUGGGUAUACUUUUAGUAAAGAAACAAAACUUAAACAUAACAUAAACAUAUAAAUAAUAUAUUCCCAAUAGGUCCCUUUCAGAUCUCGUUCCCCAAGUAAAGUGUUCAAAAAGCAUCCGAAUGCGAUGUGCCUAGCCAGAGAAAUCAUUAAAGGAAGUUUGACCAGAUUGAGGCUACAUCAUCAUCCAGCACUUAAUUCCAGGCUGCCACGGCUAGACUGUUACUAAAAUUAGCUGUUUGUGGCGUGGAGAAAGGGUACUCCACCUGGCUCCUAGGUAUCGCUUGGUCUUUAUCAUGAUACUGCCCGAUGACUGUACUAGUUUAUAUAUACAGUUGCAAGAAAAAGUAUGUGAACCCUUUGGAAUGAUAUGGAUUUCUGCACAAAUUGGUCAUAAAAUGUGAUCUGAUCAUCAUCUAAGUCACAACAAUAGACUGUGAAUGUUUACAUGGUGUGUUCAAUAAAAACAUGGCAACAUUUAAUUCUUUGUGUGUUAUUAGUUUAAGCAGACUGUGAUUGUCUAUUGUUGUGACUUAGAUGAUGAUCAGAUCACAUUUUAUGACCAAUUUGUGCAGAAAGCCAUAUCACUCCAAAGGGAUCACAUACUUUUUCUUGCAACUGUGUGUAUAUAUAUAUAUAUAUAUAUAUAUAUAUAUAUAUAUAUGAUUUCAAAGGCAAUAGAAUUCUGUUUGUUUUUUACAAGAUGACUGAGUCAUGCAACGCAUGUUUAUAAUAUAGUUUAUAACAUAAAUACAUUUAACCAAGAAGCACACAUUUACUUUUCAGUAGUUUUCAUAUGUAUUUUGUUUACUUUCAGCUGCAAGAAGGGUUUGGCUGGGAACCUUUCAAACAUUUAUUUGCGGAGUACCAGACUAUGUCAGGUAUUAGUAACAAUAACAAGGACAAGAUGAAUCUGUGGGCGGUGAAGUUCUCUGAAGCUGUAAAUAAAAACUUGGUUCCAUUCUUCAAGGCAUGGGGAUGGCCCAUUGAUGACAACACCAAUAUCGCAUUAUCUGGCUUACCUGAAUGGGAGGAGAAUCCCAUGAUAGCACAUCUCAAAGAGAUUAAAGCAUAAUCAGAUAAACAUACUUAUACUGUGUUAGCAUUAACAGAAUAGUUGUAGUUCUCUGAAUUCCUGUUGAAACGACUUUGUACAGGAAUCUUUGUAGUUCUCUGAAUUCCUGUUGAAACGACUUUGUACAGGAAUCUUUGUAGUUCUCUGAAUUCCUGUUGAAAUGACUUUGUACAGGAAUGCUAGUACUUAGUGUCCUAAAACCUAUCAUUAAACAAGAAAUCAUUAGAGUGUGACAUGCUAUCCUGCACUUUUAGAGCUUUUAAAAAAUAUAUAUUUUCUUUAAUUGUUACCGACAAGCCACUAAUCAUUAAAAUGACUUUUGCUUAUGUUAGUGACUAGCUACAGUUUUUAAAGUAGAACAUCUUACCAAUUGCUACUGGUAUUUCCUGACUGAUAAAAGCUCUCAAAGAGAAGUGUAAUUGUUGCAAUUUCAACAUGACACAUUUUGCAAAGUUUUACCUUUAAAAACUUAAUUCACUCCUUGCAAUAAUUUUUGUUUGACUUCUAAAAUAUAAUUAAAAUUAUAGACAUUUUAAAAAUUAGAA